CUAGCUUGCUCAACAGAAAAGGUUGCUUGCAUCGAAUGGCGUCUGCAGAGUAGGGUACGCUUCCUAGGCACAACCACGCAUUCUGCUGCCUGGUCCAUCUGAGCUAGAGCUGGGGAGGUUGGAAGAAGUCCUCUAAGAAAUUUGGCUCUGCCAGGGGUCCUAGGAUAUUGUGCAGGUGGAAGCAACAUCCCACAGCGAUCAAUCACCCUCCUCAUACGAAGAGUUGUCAAAUCUGCACAAUAUUGAAGAGCUCCCUUUUCGUUGAGUGCCUCGAAGUGGAAGCGCGGAGUUCCUAGCUAAAUACUUCGUGCCAGGAGCUCUCACCAGCGCACAAAAGGCAAUUUUAGCCACUAGGGGUUUGCCAAAAAUCUUCCAUUGUGCUGCCACCCUGCGCAGCUUCAGCUGGCUGCACUUGUGUGUGAGGUGCCAGGUGACUCGGAAGCAUGGCGCAGAGUGUAGUGGACGACCAGGGCUUGUACAAGUCCACUUGCGGCUACUGCCACAGCGGCAGCAGGACAAGCAUCUCCCAUGGCAUGUACGCGCGUCAAAUGUCUGUGGAUGACUAUCAAGAGCUUAUCAACCGUGGCUGGCGAAGGUCUGGCAACUUCUUGUACAAGCCUGCCAUGGACCGCACGUGCUGCCCUCCGUACACUAUCCGGCUGGACGUGAAUGAUUUUGCAAUCAACAAAGAGCAGAGGGCAGUCCUGCGCCGUUUGGAAAGGUACUUGAGUGGCGAUCUGGAGAUUACUCACUCUUCAAAGGACAGGACGGGUGGAAAAGCCGCAGGAGAUAGGACGGCUGAGGAAAGCGGAGCUGGAGGGUUGCAGUCUGGUGGUGUAAGAAGAGGGAAGCGGGACCUUGAAAAUCCAGGACUUCUGGGGCGAGAGUCUGCGGGCAAACCGGUGGAGAGCUUGCCAGCUGAUGGGGGCAGGCAAACCCCAUCCUACCAUCUUGAAAGCGGGAGUCGUGGCCUUGGUAGUCUACUAGAUAUCGAAAAGAAACCCUCCGAGGCGCCUAUCUCGCAGUUGGUCGAACCCCCAACCCCGCACCCCGACAGGUCGGAAGCAGGGGGCCCUCAAACGGACAGCUCACAAAAGCCGGGGAGCAUAUCGCCAGCAAAACAGAUCGGGACACUGAUUGAAGACUCUGUUGCUCAGCUGCUGGGCGUGCCCUGCCCCGUUCUUGCGUCGGUUAGGGAAGUGCCGCAGAAGGUGCGGAGAAAGUUGGACAAGCGGAAGCAGGAGGGAGGGGACAAGUCAGCGGAGGAGCUGUUGUACUCAUGCAACAUUGCGUUUGUGCUUGCUGCGCACACAGCAAAGGAGGGGGCUCGCAAGCAGGGGGCGGCAGAGGCGCAACGAGAGGGUGGAGCAGAAAGGGGUCUGCCUGCAAACGGAUGUCCGGAUUCAAGUACUGGGAAUGGUGAAGGGAACAGACCUGGUCUUGCUGCCAGCGGUCCUGAGGCGAUUGCGGAAGCAGUGGCAGAUAGGCUAAGGAGAGCAAGGUCGGCAGACGCGGAUUGGAGGGCGGAAGCGUGCCGGGGGCACCUCAACUUCUAUGCGUCCGCUGAGAGGCUCAGGGACGAGGAAGCGGGGGUGCCGGACGGGACCAGGUCCGCUAAACAGAGCACUGGCAACCCUGCAAGCACUUCAGGACGAGGAGACCCGGGGGAGCAGGGCCAGCGAGGAGCGGAAGCGGAGGGCCAGCUCGAGAGAAGGAAACGGUUCGAAAUGCGAAUGAGUAGAGCCAAGUUCGACAAAGAGGAGUUCCUGCUGUACCGCAAGUACCAGGUUCGCGUGCACAACGACGCCCCCCACGAGGUCAGCGAGAGCUCCUACCGCCGCUUCCUCGUCGACUCGCCGCUGGUGCCACCCCCGCACGCAGCCUCCUCUCGCGCCGAUGGGGACGCGUCCUUUGGCGGCUUUGGGUCGUUCCACCAGCAGUACCGCAUCGAUGGGCGGCUGGUGGCGGUGGGCGUGGUGGACGUUCUACCGCAGUGCCUGAGCAGCGUGUACCUCUUCUGGGACCCCGACCUCGCCCCGCUCUCGCUCGGCAAGCUGUCGGCGCUCAAGGAGAUUGAGUGGGUGCGCGCUGCGCAGCGGGCCUGCCCCUCGCUGCACUACUACUACCUCGGCUUCUACAUCCACAACUGCGCCAAGAUGCGGUACAAGGCGGCCUACUCCCCCUCCCAGCUGCUUUGCCCGCUGCACUACACGUGGCAGCCUCACAGUGCCGCAAAGGACCUGCUGGACCGGCAGGCCUACUCCGACCUCUGCCAAACUGGCGGGCAGGCCCAACUGCGAGUCCGAGAGAUCGCAGCCUCACCGGGUACAGGUCUCGCAGAAAACGCCGUCGAGUCGCAGUCUCGAGCCACGGUACUAACCGCGCCGCUUGAGAGCAGCAGAAGCGGGCAGGCUGCGCGGAUGGCAACGGGCACAGCGCGCCGUGAGGCCGAACCCGAACUUCUUCGCACCAGGGGAGAAGGGCCGUCUGAGGAGGCGCAAGGGGUCCAUUCGAGGCCGGGAGCUGAGAUCCAGCCGGGGUCGCCGGAACAUCGAGGGGAGCGGCACAUGGAGGACAGGGAACGCGUGCACAGCUCCGAAGAUUCUGGCGGCGACUGGCUUGAAAGAGGCAACAGCGAUGAAGAGGCGCCGGGGGAUGGCAGUGAUCAUGAGCAGGACCCGGGGAUGACAAACGGGGAUCCAAGUGAGGGGCUCAGCCUGGAUCUCAGUGACCUGUCCGAGUCUGAUACCGACGACGGCGAGGAGGGCGGCGGCUGGGAAGGCCCUGGGGCGGCGACCGUGGAGGAGCUGGGCGGAGUGCCGCUGCUGCUAGGGGGCACAAUCAUCCCGUUUAGGUUCUUUCAGCAGCUGGGAAUGCUGCCGCCAUCUGCGGUGCAGCUUCUGCUGGCUCGAUUGCGGCCGUACCAUCUGGCGGUCGGGCCGGCGCUCGCCAGUAGACUCGUAUAUACUCUAGGUUAGUACAGAGCUUCGAUCUACCUGCUCCGCGUCAGGAGCCCUUCCCAAGGGCUCACAUGGCACCCUUUUGGCACUUAAUUGUUCAGUAGCGAGUAAAGCGUGGCCUACAAAGUCCAACGAUGUUCAAGGUCCUGGGCUUACUGAUUGCUUCGCCAAUGUUUCACUGUGAUCUUGCAUCCAAGGGUAUAUAGCGUCUUCCUUAGUAUCUGGUCUAUGGAAGCUUUUGCUUCAGAAAGAUACAAGGGUUGCGUUGAGCAGGAUCGGCCCCAUAAGCUCUUCAAGUUGAUGAACGGCUGCUAGCCAGGUAACGUUCCUUAUGGAGCAGAUGUGAAGCACAUCAUGGCAUUCGACAGGGCUUUGGGGUUGAAGGAACCAGUGUGAGUUUUGCAGCGUCCUUAAAGUUGGGACCUCGUUCGCAACAUUCGCCCCGAGUUCAGCACAUUCGAAUUGCAGCAACAGAACUUCAUAAAUGCAUUUCUGAUAUGGAUCGCUCAAUGCAGAUGAGUAUGAAUACGC